ACUUAAUCGAGUUGAGGUUUUUGAAGUAUUAUUCUUUUGGAAAGAAUAUAUGAGUAAUAUUAUAUUUCUCUGCAAAUUGGAAGGUUUGUAAAAUCAUGAGAGAAACACAGGCGAUUGUAAUUUGUGGUUAGGUUAACUACAAUAGAAUGGACAUUAUAUUGAAUAAGAAGUAAAAAUUAACAAGAAGAAUCACAGGAAAAACCUAGUUUAGUUAUUGACCGACUUUAAGGAGGUUUUCAUGGCGCUUUCAUCUCCAAAUUCUGUUUCACUUAAUCUUCUUCAAAUUGCUGCCUUCUCUUUGCUAUCCUGCUUCUAUGCCCUAGAACAUGGAAUACCAGUGAAGGUGGAACCACAAAUAGCCUUGAGGGCUGAAGAUGAAGAACAUACAGUCAAGAGAUCAGACUUUUCUAAUGAUUUCUUGUUUGGAGCUUCUACUGCUGCCCUGCAGAUUGAAGGAUCAACAAAGAGUGAAGGGAGAAGGCCAAGCAUUUGGGACACGUUUUUAGAGAAACACCAAGCUAAAGUGAUUGAUGGAAGCAACGUGAAUACAGCUAUUGAUUCUUACAAACGCUACAGGGAAGAUUUGGAACAUUUGAAGAACCUUGGAGUAAAUGCCUACAGAUUUUCCAUCUCUUGGACCAGGAUAUUUCCUGGUGGUUCCUUGAGUGGCGGGGUGAAUCAACAGGGCAUCGAUCACUACAACAAGUUGAUUAAUAUAUUAAUGGAAUAUGGUAUCAAACCUUUAGUGACACUGUAUCACUUUGAUCUUCCUCAAGCCUUGGAAGAGAAGUAUGGUGGCUUCUUAAACAGCUCAAUUUUGAAUGAUUUCAAGGAUUACUGUGAUAUUUGUUUUGAAACAUUUGGAGACAGAGUAAAAACUUGGAUUACGAUAAACGAGCCACUAAUGAUUGCACAGCUUGGAUAUGAUAUAGGAAUUGCCCCACCAGGCAGGUGCUCAAAAAGAGCAGAUUGUGCAGCUGGUAAUUCGUCCACUGAGCCUUACAUUGUAACCCAUAAUCUUCUACUCUCCCAUGCUGCUGCUGCCAAGCUUUACAAGGAGAAGUAUCAGGCGAAACAAGGGGGAGAAAUUGGAAUUUCCCUCGUAGGAAAAUAUUUUGAGCCUUUUUCUGAAUCAGUAGAUGACAAAACUGCACAAGAAAGAGCCUUGGACUUUGAAUUGGGAUGGUAUAUAGAACCAUUAGUAUAUGGUGAUUAUCCCAGUGUGAUGAGAGAGUUAGUGAAGGACAGGCUCCCUACUUUCACUAAGCAAGAAAGGAAGUUAGUGAAGGACUCUUUUGAUUUUAUUGGCAUAAACUACUAUACAUCAAAUUAUGCCAAAAGCAUCCCAAUAGAUCCAAAUGCUGCACCCACCAGCUACACUUAUGACCAAUUUGUAGAUGCCACAGCUAAGGCCAAAGAUGGAGUUUUCAUUGGCCCAAAGGCUGAAGGAUAUACGGAUAUUUAUGUUUACCCAGAAGGGCUGCAGAAAGUAUUGGAAUUUAUCAAGCAGAAAUACCAAAACCCUAAAAUUUACAUAACCGAGAAUGGAGUAACUGAGAAAAGAGAUGAUAGCCGUGGACUGAUUGAAGCACUGGAUGAUCAACAUCGGAUCUCCUAUAUUCAGCAGCACUUGUAUCGGGUCCAUAAAGCAAUUAAGAAUGGGGUGAAUGUAAAAGGAUAUUUCUACUGGAGCCUAUUUGAUUCCUUUGAAUGGUUAGGGGGAUACACAAUAAGAUUUGGACUUUAUUAUAUAGAUUAUAAUGACAAUCUUAAGCGCAUCCCCAAGAUUUCUACCUUGUGGUAUCAUGAUUUUUUGCAAGGUGACAGAAGGCAGAGCUAUUAAACAUACUGUACUUCUGGUAUUACAAUGCAUGGACACGACGAUAUUGAGACAUACGAACUGAUGAUUGCCACAGAGACAUGAUCUUCAAGACCCAGAACAUGACUAUUGCUAAAAUACUAAAGAUGUAGUGUGGAAGUGUAUAUAAGUAAGUCCAGUCAUAACCGAGUUGUUCAACAACAACUUUGUGUAUCAUUUCUUUUUCCUAAAUUCAUAUUCUUUUUUGGCA